CUGAUGGCGAUCGCCACGGCCGACCUCCGUGGACUUGAGCGUGGAGGGCCAGGUUGGGAGCAAGCCCGUGACGCGGUGACCGCGUGCAUGGUGGCGCACGGCUUUGUCGUCGUCGCGCACGACGCGCUCGGCCCGGAGCUCCGGCAGGCACUGUUCGGCCGCGCCAUGCCGGAGGUCUUCGCGCUCCCGGCGGAGGCCAAGCUGCGGAACGUCUCGGACUUGGACCCUUUGAAAGGCUACAUCCUCAACCCCCCCGGCAUGAGCUGGGAGAGCCUGCGCCUCCCCGACGUCACCGACGCCAGCCGCGUCCGUGACUUCGCCGACCUCAUGUGGCCACAGGGAAACCCUGCCUUCUGCGACACAAUUGGGUCGGUCGCGAAGAACCUGUUGCGGCUGCAGCGAACGGUGGAGACGAUGAUCCUUGAGGGCCUCGGCGUCCAGGAGGAGCACAUCCACGCGCACCUGCACACUCUCGCCCACGGCCUCCGGCUGUCCAGCUACGGAGUCCCGCCGGACACGGAGACCAGCAUGUCCCUUCAGGCGCACCGCGACUUCAGCAUGAUGACAACGGUCGUGCAGCACGAGGUGGAAGGCCUCGAGGUGCAGGCAAAGGACGGGAGCUGGAUCAUGGUGCCACCUGAGCCGGGCAUGUACACCUUCCUGGCCGGCGAGCUGUUCGCGGUCGUGACCAACGGAAGGGUGCCACCGUGCCUCCAUCGCGUCAGGACGCCGAGCAACCGUGAGCGCCUAUCGGUGCUGUUCGGCUGCCGGGGGAAGGACGGCGUCGUUCUGAGCGCCAUGGAUGAGCUCAUCGACGAUGACCACCCUCUGGUGUACCAUCCUUGCACCAACGACGGCUACACCAAGUUCCGCUUCUCUGAAGAAGGGGGGAAAUUCAGUGAUCCACUCAAGGCUUUCUGCGGUGUGGAGAAGGAUGGAUUGCCCAAGGAAUGA